AUGGCGGCCAUGACGAUAGACCCGGUGGAGCAGCCUCGGAUGUACCAGCAGAGCCUUCUGCAGGACGGACUGUGUGACCUCCUGGAGAAUGACAAGUUUGUCGACUGCGUCCUCACGAUUCAAGACAAGAAGUUCCCCUGCCACCGCCUGGUUCUGGCCGCCAGCAGCCCCUUCUUCAAGGCCAUGUUCCUGUCGGACCUGGAGGAGAGCAAGAAGCGUGAGAUCGUCCUGAAAGACGUGGAGCCGGGCGUCAUGGGGAUGAUCCUACGCUACUUAUACACCUCGGACAUCAACCUGACGGAGCAGAACGUGCAGGAUAUCUUCAUGGUGGCUAACAUGUACCAGAUCCCGUCCAUCUUCUCCGUCUGCGUGACCUACCUGCAGGAGAAGCUGGUGCUGGGGAACUGCUUGGCCAUCUUCAGGCUGGGGCUGCUGCUGGAUUGUCCGAGGCUCGCUCUCGCCGCCAGAGACUUCAUCUGCGAGCGCUACCAGGUGGUGGUCAGGGACCAGGACUUCCUGCAGCUGGGCGCCAGCGAGCUGGCCAUCAUCAUCACGUCGGACGCCCUGAACGUGGAGCGGGAGGAGCAGGUGUUUGAGUCUCUGAUGGACUGGGUCAAACACGACCAGACGAAGCGCCUCCAGGAGCUGCCGGAGCUGCUGCACUGCGUCCGAUUCCGCCUCAUUCCUCUGGAUUACUUCAAGGAGAAAGUGGAGCGCCACCAGUUCCUCCGCUUCAGCCAGGAGAUCAAGAAGGACCUGGAGCUCGUCAUGGACGCUCACAAAGGGCGUCUGCCCAAGCCGAAGAAGCCCAGCAGGGACGAGGCGAAGGGGGGAGAAGGGAGCGAGGAGGAUGAGGAGGAGGAGGAUGAGGAGGAUGAGGAGGAGGAAGGGUAUCUGCCGGGUAUUCUCAACAACAACCCUCGCUUUGGGAUGUUUGACUUGGAGCUAAUACUUAUGAUCAGUGACACGGGGACUGUGGCCUAUGACCCGGUAGGAAAUGAAUGCUUUGUGGUCUCGGAGUCCAAAGAAAUCCCCAAAAACCACUGCAGCCUGGUAACCAAGGGCAACCAGGUGUUUGUGGUCGGAGGACUUCUCUACAACGAGGAGAACAAAGACGAAGAGUUCAGCUCUUACUUCCUACAGUUUGACCCAGUCAGCUCAGAGUGGUUGGGGAUGCCCUCCCAGCCUAACCCUCGCUGUCUGUUCGGCCUGACUGAAGCUGAAAACUCCAUCUUUGUUGUUGGAGGAAGAGAACUGAAGGAAGGAGAGCACGCCCUCGACUCAGUCAUCAUUUAUGACAGACAAUCAUUUAAAUGGGGAGAGUCUGACCCUUUACCUUAUCAGGUGUACGGUCAUGGGACUGUUUCACACAACGGUCUGGUCUACGUCGUUGGAGGGAAGUCUGAAAGCAAGAAGUGCAUGAGGAGAGUGUGUGUCUACAACCCCACUAAGUUUGAGUGGAAGGACCUGGCUCCUAUGAAGACGGCCCGCUCCCUGUUUGGUAUCACCGUCCACCAGGAGAAGAUCUUCGUGGUGACGGGGGUCACAGACUCCGGCCUCACCAGCUCCGUGGAGGUCUACGACAUCGCAACCAACACGUGGUCUGAGUUCACAGAGUUCCCUCAGGAGCGUAGCUCCCUCAACCUGGUCUCUAUGGGGGGGUUCCUGUACGCUGUGGGGGGCUUCGCCAUGAUGCCCAGUGAAACCAGUGAGGAGAACGUCCCAACAGAGAUGACUGACAUCUGGAGAUAUGACGAGGCUGACACCUGCUGGAACGGGAUUUUACGAGAGAUCAGCUACGCAGAAGGAUCCACCAUCCUCCCAGUGCGCCUCAACACGCUGCGCCUCACCAAGUUAUAAAUAUAUAUAAA